AUGGCUGCCUCAGUCCCUGCAUUCCCAACCAAGUUCCAAGAAAUUACAAUUGCGAGCAACAUCAACUGCUCAAUGAUACAGAAUUUUCUUCUGGAAGGGGUAUACACUGUGGUGUAUGGUGUAACGGUGCAUGUUUACCCCCUUACCAUUGCAGUGACAGUAAUUGAUGUAUUGUUCCAGACAUUUACAACCCCCGCACAAGCCGAGAGCCUCAACUCUCUCACCAUUGCGCUCGCAUUCAUAUCUUUGGCCAUUACAGCAACCGCAACUUCACUGAUCGGAUACCGAAUCUACAGUACUUCUAAGGGUAACACCAUUAUGCAGGCCAAGAAGCGAUACACGCGCAUUAUUAUCCUGAUUGUUGAAUCAUCGGCAGUAUACUCGUUGUUGCUGCUCCUCUUCGGAAUAGUACUCGCCGUACCUGCGUUUAACCAGAUUGAUUCCUCUGUAGGACCGUUAGGGGCCUACCUGCAGACUUUUCUAACCGCUACACCUGGGCUGGUGCCGACGGUUAUGGUCGCCAGGCUCGCAUUUCAAGACGAGAAUACAGACUAUGAGACAUCCCACAUGUCCGUAGAUGUAUCAAAUCUGAACUUUGAUAAUCGCCAAGCAGGUCAUGAAACUAGCAGCCCACAUGAAACCGACUUUGCCUUGAAUCCAACUACGCACAAUGAAACCGAAAACUCUCCGGCAGAAAAUCUCAAGGAUAAUAUCACCCAUGAAAAGAGGUCUGAUUGA